GCAUUCCCUUAUUCAGAAGCGGCUGCAGAAAGACGUCCGGGUCUCACCAGAACAACUUAAACGCAGAAGCCCCAGCUUAAGCCCUCGGCUACCUGGUCAAUCAGGAAAGGUGACUCCCUUAAGGCGGGGAGUGGGCGUGGCCAUGUUAUGCACAUGCGCGGGACAUUGUAUAAAUCUGUUCAGACUAAGUGACAGACAAGUGUGAUUUCCUUGAGACAAGGAGAAGCAUUGAUCGGUGAAGGCCUGCCAUGGAUUCAGUGACCUUUGAGGACGUGUGUGUGACUUUCACUCAGGAAGAGUGGGAUCUACUGCGUCCUGUACAGAAGAAACUCUACAAAGAUGUGAUGUGGGAAACUGUGAGGAACCUGGCCUCUGUGGCGAGUGAAUUGGAAGACCAGGAUGUUUCAAAUCAGUACAGAAUCCAAGAGGAAAAUGUAAGAAGUUAUGUGAUACAAAGACUCUAUGAAAGUAAAGAAGUUAUUGAGCAUGGAGAAAGCUUCAGCCAGAUUCCAAACACUGGUGCGGCCAAGAUAACUUCUGGAGGAAAGCCGUAUAGUUGUAGCGUGUGUGGAAAAGGCUUCAUGCUUUGUUCAUCCCUCACUAGGCAUGUCAGAGCUCACCCUGGCCAUGAACUUGCUGGGUUUAAGUGUGGAGAGAAGCGAUUUAAAUGUAAGGAAUGUAGGGCCACUUUCAGUUACCUCAAAUCCUUUCAGAGACAUGAAAGGACCCACGCUGGAGAAAGCCCCUACAGGUGUAAACACUGCGGGAAGACCUUCAUCUAUUUCCAGCCCUUUCAAACACAUGAACGGACACACAUUGGAGAGCAACUCUAUCAGUGUAAGCAUUGUGGUAAAGGGCUUAGUUCUCCAGGUUCUCUUCGAAUUCAUCAAAGAAUUCACACCGGGGAGAAGCCCUAUGUGUGUGAGAAGUGUGGCAAAGCCUUCAGUUGUCCCAGUUCCAUCCAAAUCCACGAAAGAACCCACACCGGGGAGAAGCCCUAUAAAUGUAAAGAAUGCGGGAAAGCCUUCAUAUCCCGCACAAGUGUCAAAACGCACAUGGUGACACACAGCGGCGAUGCAAACAAGCCUCAUAAAUGCGAGCAUUGCGGGAAGGCGUUCCUUCGGCCAUGUUUUCUGCGAGUGCAUACGCGGAUUCACACUGGAGAGAAGCCGUAUGUCUGCAAGCAGUGUGGUAAGGCCUUCAGAUGUUCCACUUCGAUGCAGAUCCAUAAAAGGACUCACACCGGGGAGAAACCCUACAAGUGUAAGGAGUGCGGUAAAGCUUUCAGUGCCCAUUCGGCGUUUCGAGUCCACAGGCGGGUGCACACUGGAGAGAAGCCUUAUAAAUGCCGAGACUGUGGGAAAGCCUUCAUCUGCCUCACGUACUGCCGCGCGCAUGAGCGGAAACACAGCGGAGAGAAGUCCUACGAAUGCGAUCAGUGCGGGAAAGCCUUCGUCUCUCUGGAAAACUUUCGACGACAUGUCAAAACUCACGCUGAAGAUACACCUUAUAAAUGUAAGGAGUGUGGAAAAGCUUUCGUUUUCCUCAGCGCCCUUCAAGCGCAUGAGAGGAUCCACACUGGGGAGAAGCCUUACGAAUGUGAACAAUGUGGCAAAACCUUUAGAUGUUCAAGCUAUGUUCAGGUACACAGGAGAAUCCACACCGGGGAGAAGCCCUAUGAAUGUAAGGAGUGUGGGAAAACCUUCAUUUAUUCUACGAGCUUUCGAGGGCACAUGAGAAUGCACACGGGAGAGAAACCCUACAAAUGUAAGGGGUGUGAGAAAGCCUUCAGGCUCGGCAGUUCCCUUAAAAGACAUGAGAGAACUCACAGCUGAAAGAAAUGUGCUUAGUGUACGCAUGCAUGGGAGAACUUUUUGCUUUGUCCACAUCCUUCAAUAAACAUGAAAAUGCACAAUAGACAACGAAUGUGAGGAAUGGGGGGGGGGGUUGAACAUUUUCAAUCUUAACACUUUGUUGUGAAAUUAUCCAUUGUGGAGAAAUCUCAUGCUAUUAGUUCAUUAAGUAAUACCAGAAACUAACUGCGGUGUAAUAGGAAACUGACAUCAAGUGGGCCAUAAAAUUCAAAAUGUUGAGGAAACAUAAGAGCUAAAUAUGUUCAUCGGGGUUUAAUUGUUUCUGAUAUAUCUGCAUGCUUUGGUUUGUUGCUGUAGCCCUGACUGGCCUGAAGUUCACUAUGUAGACUAAACUGACCUCCAACUCAGAGAUGUGUGUGUGUGUGUGUUUUAGAAGAAAGAUUAUUUUAUAGUUCCAGAAGAAUAAUUGUCCAUUGUAAAGUAACCUUUAUUUGCCUGCUAUCUCUUUGGCUUCUGUUUGCUAUCCUAGGCCUAGUCCUGGAAGCUUCUAGCCUCUGUACAAUCUAAUCUAGGCUUAGAAUGUUUCCAGCCUCUAAGACUGAUAGGCUGAUGAAUAACUCACCCUUUCUUGUUUUUCCUGAACUCUGGCUGCCUGGUCAACUCAACUGUUCUGGCUCAAAACUCUCCAAGCUGACUGACUCAAUCUUGCUUCUCUCAACUUCUCUGAAUUGCUCUGCUUGGCCUCAAACUAACUCUAGCAGUCUUUUCUAAUCUUCUGGCUCAUUCUGUCUUCAACCUGUCUCUGUAAAACUCUUCUAGUAAACCUCUUCUCUUUCUUUCUUUCUUUCUUUCUCUCUCUCUCUCUCUCUCUUUCUCUCUCUCCACUGUUUUGUCUUGAGUAGCCUCUCAUCUCUGUUCUUGUAAGAGCUGGGCAUAGGGUUCAGUGGUUAAGAGCACUGACUGCUCUUCCAGAGAUCCUGAGUCCAAUUCUCAGUAACCACAUGGUGGCUCACAGCCAUCUGAAAUUGGAUCUGAUGCCCUCUUCUGGUGUGUCUGAAGACAGCUACAGUGUACACAUAUACAUAAAAUGAAUAAAUAAUUCUUUUUAAAAAAAACAGCUGGGCAUGUCCUAUUCUGUAAAAUCUAUGAUUCAUGACUUGUCUGUCACUCAAUUAGACAUCACUUUCAAACAUGGGGUACUCCCUUCUACCUUCAUUGUUGGAGAUCAAAGGAGUGUACUAAGGGUAGUCUGUAUCCCAGCCAGUGGGUUUAAAGUUUUGAGCUAAGGGCUGAGGCACAGCAGAACACAAUCAGGGUUCACAGUGCAAUCACAUACCUGCAGCAGUUCACCAUGGCAUGGGAUCACGGUGACAAAGCAAGCAGCAGGCACAGGCUGCAGAGAGCUCCCACGUUGACAACAGCAAACUGCAAGUAGAAUUAGUCCUUAAACGCUCAAGUCCCUGCCCCAGUGACAAACUUCUCUCAACAUGUCACACCUCCUGAACCUCCCCUAAAUAGUGCUGCCAACUGCAAACCAAGUGUUCAAGUGCCCAUGACUAUGGGAGACAUUUCUCAUUCAAACCACCACAAUUAGCAGUUGGGGGUUUUCUGACCUCAUGAGAAAAAUAGUAGAUAUAUCUUCCUCACCUUUAUAUUCAAAAUGACUUCAUUCUCAUGUUUAAUAGAACAGGCUUAUUUUUUCCCUGUUAUUUUUUAAUUAAUUAAUUUAUUUAUUAUAUAUAAGUACACUGUAGCUGUCUUCAGACACUCCGGAAGAGGGAGUCAGAUUUCAUUACGGGUGGUUUUGAGCCACCAUGUGGUUGCUGGGAUUUGAACUUCGGACCUUCGGAAGAGCAGUCGGGUGCUCUUACCCACUGAGCCAUCUCACCAGCCCUAUUUUCCCUGUUAUUAAAUGUCUACUAAGUAUGCAAAGCUUGUCAAGCAGUCUCAUGGUGUUUACUGUCUGUUCUUUGUUCCUCAUUGUUUCCAAUGGGCAUUUGGAUAAUAGACUUUAAAAGGAGCCAUUUUAAGGGAUUGGAGGGAUGGCUCAGAGGUUUAAAAUGCUUGUUGCCCUUCCAACAAGUUCAACUCCUGGCACCUACACCAGGUGACUCACAGGCACCUCUAACCAGCUCCAUGAAAUCUGUAUUUUGUUCUGGUCUCUAAGCUCUAAGGGCACUUGGAGUCACCUGCACAACAAGAUGUGCCAUUUGGGGGCCCUGAUGGCUCAGCAUUUAAGUGCAUGUUUUGGUUUCUCGUCGCUAUGACAGCCAACCUAAGAAAAUAAAGUGUUGAUUUGCCUUACACUUCCCACCUUAGUUUGUUAUUGCUGGGUAAACUAGAACUGAAAGCAAAGGGUUUAUUUGGCUUGCCCUUCAGUAUCACUGUUCAUCAUCAAAGGAAGUUGGAGAGGAACUCAGAAUGGCAGGUAAUGGAGGCAGUAGCUGCUGCAGGAGGAAGCAGUGGAGUGCUUACUGGCUUGUACGUCAUGGCUGCAAAA